CUUGGAUUUGGGCUUGUGAGUGUAACUUGAGUUCGACUUUCAUGCGUCAAAGUCGCCCUUGAAUUCAGAAAUUUUCGAGCUCAAUCCCAAAUCGUCAAUUUCUCAGCCUCAGAAACCCUCCUAAAACCUGCCCAUUCAAUAAUAACAAUGUCGACGGACCCGGUCCAAUCCUUCAAACCCUACACUUUAACCCAAACCCUAACCGGCCACCACCGUGCAGUCUCUUCUGUCAAAUUCUCCUCCGAUGGUCGCCUCCUCGCCUCCUCUUCUGCCGACAAGUCUCUCCUCGCCUAUUCCGUCUCCAAUAUUUCCAAUUCCGAUUCUACCCCUCUCCAACAGUUCUCCGGCCAUGAACAAGGCGUCUCCGACCUCGCAUUCUCCUCUGACUCUCGUUUCCUCGUCUCCGGAUCGGACGACAAAAACCUUCGUCUAUGGGACGUAGCCACCGGCACGUGCCUUAAAACGCUCCAGGGUCACACAAAUUACGUGUUUUGCGUUAACUUUAACCCUCAGUCUAACAUGAUUGUCUCCGGUUCUUUUGACGAGACGGUUAGAAUUUGGGACGUUAAAAGCGGAAAGUGUCUCAAGGUUUUACCUGCGCAUUCAGAUCCCGUUACUGCCGUUGAUUUCAAUCGCGACGGUUCACUGAUUGUCUCCAGCAGUUACGAUGGUUUGUGUAGAAUUUGGGAUGCCAGCACCGGACAUUGUAUGAAGACACUUAUUGACGAUGAGAAUCCGCCUGUUUCCUUUGUUAAGUUUUCACCUAACGGCAAGUUUAUUCUCGUGGGGACUCUCGAUAAUACUUUGAGACUUUGGAACUUCUCAACUGGUAAAUUUUUGAAGACAUACUCUGGCCAUGUGAAUUCGAAGUUCUGCAUUUCAUCCUCCUUUUCUGUGACGAAUGGGAAGUAUAUAGUUAGUGGUUCUGAAGAUAAUUGUGUAUAUUUAUGGGAGCUGCAGACGCGGAAAGUGCUUCAAAAAUUGGAAGGCCACACCGACACUGUUAUAUCAGUAGCAUGUCACCCCACUGAGAACAUGAUAGCCUCUGGUGCACUCGGCAGUGACAAAACUGUGAAGGUCUGGACGCAGAAGGAAUAAAUUGCUUCUCAGUUAACAUUGUUUAAUAUGACUGCAUCUUUUGCGGAAGUGAAAUUAUGGUUUGCUCGCGCUGCCGAAACAUGUGCUUUUUUCUUUACUGCAAAAGAUUGUUCUUAUGUAACUUAAUUAUGUAAACUUUCCCUUCUUUUGAGAUGGAUUUGAACUCGUUUCUCCA